AUGGGCGCCUGGUGGUCUGUUUCUCUUAAUGUAGGUCAAGCUUCUUCAAGUCCUGAAGCAGUACACCAGCGUCCUCUGCAGGUAUAUAGGAGGCGGCGGUUCUCUCAGCACUGCAGUUGCUUUCGAACAAGUAAAAUCUACAGAAUGAAGUUGCUUCUCAUUUGUGUUCUAGUGUGCUUCCUCGGCGCUUCCCAUGGACGCGACGAAGGUGAUGGGCGCCUGGUGGCCCGCUUUUCCACCCGCACCCUCGUCUCUGUCACCACCACCACCGCCACCGUCCCCGUACAUUGCAUCAGUGCCGUGGGCACCGGCACGUGCUUGAACAGGCGACGUCGUCGCGAUCUCUCGCCAAUCGCUCUGGAGACUGAUGACAGCUCCCCUCUCGAAGGAUCGCAGGAGCUCUCCGAGCGCGUGGAGCGCGAUGUGGACGACCGCGAUGCCCGCGUGGGCUUCACCCUCUGGAAGACAGUGACCUCCACCUUCACCUUCACCUCCACCAGUACCGACACCGCCACCACUGUCUCGGCGUCCUUCGCGUGCUCCGUCGCUGACUUUACCGCGCCCUUCCCUAACUGCUGAGCGGACGCUGUCCCAUCGCCACUGCCGCUGGGAAUCUGCAUGAAAGAUACGGGUCGUGUCGGCACCUCGCUUUGCGGGGUGCCGCGCGCGACGAUGCUCUUGUUGUUAUGCUUAUUUAAUGUUUUCUGUUGUCUUAAUAUUAUUUUAUGUUAUUUACUUUGUGAAAAUUGGGCCAACGAUGUAUACAUACUAUCGAACAAAA